UUCCCUUCACUGUAAACUGGAUGUAAACUUACCGAAAACCUGAGUCAGACAGCUGAUCUGGGACAACACGGUGACAGCUCCUGCAGAGAGGACUCAGUGUGUGUCUGCUUCCAGCCCAUAAAGCUCGGAUCACCUCCUGUCUGCUUUUAUUUGCACAGUUAAAGGAUCCCAUCAUGCCCCCUAAGAGACGUGCUGCUACUGCUGCUGCCUCUGCCAGUGUGGGUGGAAAAAAGGGCAAAAAGGAGACACCAAAGGCCAAGGAUGCCUUCACUUCUGCAAAAGAAGCCCUCCUGGCUGCAGGGCCACAGCAGAAAGGCAAGAGGAAGGUGGAUGAGCACGCCUCACUGGGAGGCUCUGGGGAGGUGUAUGAGGACUACGACUGUAUGCUCAAUCAGACUAACAUUGGUCAUAACAAUAACAAGUUUUACGUCAUUCAAGUUCUAAAAGAUGGAAAUCAGUUCUAUGCAUGGAACAGAUGGGGCAGAGUGGGAGAGGUCGGUCAGUCUAAACUCAGCCCCUUUCCUAACCCUGAGAGUGCUAUCAAGGACUUUGAGAAAAAGUUUAAGGACAAGACAAAGAACAACUGGAGCGAUCGGUUGAAUUUUGUUUCUCACCCUGGGAAGUAUACGCUCAUAGAGGUGGAUGGAGAAGAGGACGCUGAGGUCAAGGUGGACACAGUUGAUGGCAAGACCGUCAAAGUGGGCAAAAACAUCCUGCCUUGUACCUUGGACAAUGCUACAAAGAGCCUCAUUGAGCUCAUUUUCAGCAACGACAUGUUCAAAGAGGCCAUGGAAUGUAUGAACCUGGACAUCAAGAAAAUGCCUUUGGGCAAGCUCAGUAAGAUGCAGAUUGCAAAAGGCUUUGAGGUGCUGGAGGAGAUUGAAAGUGCCAUGAAUCAAAGAGGUGGAAAAUCACGACUGGAAGAGUUGUCUUCCAAGUUCUUCACCACAAUCCCACACAACUUUGGGCGAAACAGACCACCAACCAUUGACAACAAAGAGAUUGUAGAGCAGAAGAAGGAGAUGCUGAUGGUGCUGGCUGACAUCGAGCUUGCCCAGACUCUGAAAUCAGAGACUGAAAAGGCCCAGGAAGAGAUGAUCGAGACAGUUCCUCACCCUGCAGACCAGGACUAUAGUUCUCUGAAAUGCAAGCUCAGUCUAAUGGAUAAAGAUACAGAAACAUUCAAGAUAAUAGAGAAAUACUUGAAGGCUACUUCAAAUGGCUAUCGUAAACCCAAAAUUAUUGAUGUUUGGACGGUUGAUCGAGAGACAGAGGGACUGCGGUUUAGUGAGAAUGAUCAUCUGGAAAACCGGUGUCUGCUGUGGCACGGUACAAAUAUAGCUGUGGUGGCAGCAAUCCUAAAGAGUGGUCUGCGCAUAAUGCCUCAUUCAGGAGGCCGUGUUGGUCGUGGUAUUUAUUUUGCAUCUGAAAACAGCAAGUCUGCAUGUUAUGUGCGCACCAGUAAAAAUACUGGAGUGAUGUUUUUGAACGAGGUAGCUCUUGGCAAAGAGUAUACAAUCACCAGAGAUAACAGCUCGUUGAAGAAGGCUCCUCAAGGCUUUGACUGUGUCAUAGCACGAGGAACUGUGGAACCAGAUCCCUCCAAGGACAUCUUUAUCACUCUGGAGGGGAAGCAGGUGGCUGUGCCUCAGGGUCCGCCCAAAAAACAACCCCAGUACUCAGACAGCCACUUCAGCAGCAGUGAAUAUCUCAUCUACAAAGAGAGCCAGUGCCGCCUGCGCUACCUGCUGGCACUCAACAUGUAGUUUAAAGACGGAUUUCCUCUCAUUCUGUCUUUAUAAGUAGGGCUGGGUAAAAAAAAUCGAUUUAAUCGAUCUUCGAUCGAUUUCGUCUUAAUUUUGCAUAAUCGAUUAAUAGUGGAUGAGAUCGAUUUUUCAGAGCAGGACCGGGACUACGCGGAAGCGCGACCGGCUCCGUCUUGUGAACCCCUGGGGAAGACUUGGUCUCACUCACAACGGCUCUGGCGUGGAAAAGACGCGGAGGAAGGGUGGAGAAAACCCUUCUGCUGGAGGUCCUCCCGGCCUCAAACUCGAACCCGAAGUGUGAAGGAACUGGCCGCCUGGAGGUUCUCCAAGGCGAGUCACGGAAGCCGGUCGUUCUUGGAAUGAUAACUUGGAUCCAUACUAUCUCCUAUGGCUGAGUAUGGAACUGGAGGAAUAGGAAAGGGACAAUGUCCGACCGCUACACUACCCCACCCUCACACCCACCCACUCCCUGACCAGCAAUCACAAAGCUCAAUCCCAUUCCCGCUCCAAUCACAGAGCGCCCCCCGCCCCCCCAGUGAGUAGAAGCCACCAGCCAUAAAACACAAUAAAGAUGAUGAAGAAGUCUGUUCUGAGCCACUGUAGAAACAUGGCAAAGUUUCUGUCCCAUUCAUUAUUUCA